AAUUAACAUCGAAGAAUUAUGAAAAUGUGUGAGAAGAAAAAGAUUGUUUCAAUAUGUGUGAUGAUAAUGUUAGUUAUGGCACACGCUGAUAAUUCUCCUCCACCUCCAUCACAACCUAGUUCACCAACUGGUCGAAUCGCUUGUCUUGCCAAAUGUGCUUUUAAAUGUAAACGCUUCAAAACAAGAAUUCCAUUAUAUGCAGGUUGUGUUGCUGCAUGUACAUUAUUGAAAUGUCAUAAAGUAUUGUCAAAAGUUACUUAUGAUUGUGCAACUAAUUGUUCGAUGUCCAAGACCUUUAACAUCAACACUGAUGCCGGUGGUGUUAAUGAUAUCGUGAAUUCAUGUUUGAAAUCUUGCAAAAACAAAUAA